UGAGGGCGCUACGCGUCACGUGACGGCGCCUAUGUCAACAGGCCGACGCCAUUAUUGGCGUUCAUGUCAAGAGAAGUGAAACUGAGCGAGUCGGAGUACCAAGAAAAUGGAGUCCAAGCCAAGCUGGUUGUCUUUGACGACACCACCCAGGACCACUUCUUUGCAAUCCUCCUCAUCUAUUUCCUCUUCCUUGCCCUUGGGCUCAAGACAUCUAUAUGGCAGGAGUAGGAUGCUGGGCUGUGACCGCUAUGCCAGGGGACCAUCGUUCAAAUUGGAUUCACUCCCUGAGAGCCCAAGAUUGCACAACCCCUCCAGUGAUGGCAGUGCCAAUGAGGGACGCUAUCCUCUCUAUGGGUCCUCAUCCGCCUCCUUCGGCGUCUCGUCUCGUGAUCGUUCAUGGGGCGAAUCCGCCACUGCAAGCAGAAGCAAACAGCUUCAUUACCAGGGGGAUUCGGAGCGACGAUUAGGGACAUACCCUGGACCUCUCACUGCAGCACAAGAUAAAGAUCCCAAAAGACCCAAACUGUCCUAUGGCAACAGACAAUCACGUUCCAACAUAUCUUCAUCUGUAGUGGGCAGCACGUACACCAGGGCUGAUGGUGUCACAGGUCCUUCAUGGAAUUCGUGGAGCCCUGUGUCCAGAGCAGUCGCCUCUUCUGAGGACCUGUGGUCUUGCCAAGAGCUAGAGAAGAGAGCUGAGUGUACUGCCUCCAGCUAUAGAAGGAGCAGUCAUGGUGUAGAGAUGGAUCCAGAACAUGUGGCUUCAACUUAUGCACAAGGAGCAAGACCAAAGGAGAAAGUCUCCAGCCAGGUGACUGGUUCUAAUGUUCUCCCUGUGCCCUCGGAUUACCAGCCGUCUUGGCUUUCUCGAAACCCUCUUAGAAACACCUCCAGGAUUUUCAGCUCUGCCUCCACGAGGGCUCACGUGCCUUCUGCAUUUGCUCCCAACUUGACACCACCGACCCAGCCUUUGCACUCUCAGGGCUGGUCUAGUGGUCAGUCUGAGAGGUCCUCUAGUUUACUGCCACGUCCUCCUCUUACUCAGUCCCCUGAGGACAGCGACUCUGAGGGCCACCGCAGCACCAGGCCUCUCCUGUCACGCCUGGCAAACAGCGUGUCACUUUUCUCCAGACGAUCUGCUCAGGACUCCACAUCCAGCUCUAACUCCACACUUGGAUCUCCUGAGAGUUCAGAGAUAGGUGAAAGUGGACGAGGGAGUCCAGGUCUGUCUGAGAGAAGAGGUUCCGCUUCUUCCCAGGGCUUUUCCUUCCUCAACCGAAGGCGCCAGGGGCUUCCCCCCGUACCAGUCGUACCAAGUUCUGGUCUGAACCAGCCAUCCUCGGGGGCUGCCGACUCCUGGCUAAGCUCAUCCCUUAGGGGUCGGUGUGCUCCUGUCAUCCCUCGCAGGAGAAGGGAGGGCCGGGAUGAGACGGCACGUUUGGCGCUCUCAGAAUCGGACGAGAACCAGAACCUGCCGUUGAUGAGGACAGAAUUCUCAGGGGUAAAAUAUGCCGAGGGAGAGGAAGAAGUGGAAGAAUCUCAGGGGGCUGGAGCGACAGGCAUAUCUGCCCAAAGACGACCUCAUGCAGCAAGAGACAGCUCGCUCUCUGGAAUCACCAGUUCGCUGCUGCACCUUUCCAUGCCCACAUCUCUGGACAGAAGUGUCCCUGGGCGCACUGUCAUCGCCAUUAGCAACAUCGCUGCUCGGAGGACCUCCACUGAGGACCUGAAGGACAAGGCCCCCUCGUCUCGAGAUCCAGAGAGACUCAGGAAGAUACAGGAGAGCUUGUUGCUGGAGCAGUCAGAUGAAGAGGAGGGAGACCUGUGCCGCAUUUGCCAAAUGGGAGCUGACUCUCCCUCCAAUCCCUUGAUUGCACCCUGCCGAUGCACAGGCAGCCUUCAGUAUGUGCACCAGGACUGCAUGAAGAGGUGGCUAAAUGCCAAAAUCAGCUCAGGCUCCAACCUGGAGGCUGUCACCUCCUGCGAGAUGUGCAAGGAGAAGCUGGAGCUUGACAUUGAAGGCUUUGAUGUCAAUGAGUUGUACAAGACUCACGAAAGGUCUGAGUACGAGUUCAUCAGCUGUGGCCUCUAUCUGGUGGUCCUGCUGCACCUGUGGGAACAGAGGUUCUCAGACAUGCUUGGAAGUUCCAGUGAUGCUGGGUUUUUCAACUUGGCGAGAACACUUCAUGAGCACAUGGAGGAUCUUGAAAGCUCAUUUGGGGAGUCUGAUGAAGACGUGGUACAGGAAAACAGGCCAACUGUUGACUUCUGUGAUUUGGAUGAUGAUGAUGAUGAAGACUAAAGGCAACUGAAAUGGAGACAACCCGUUUGUAGGAAUCCUCACAGCUGACUCGCACCCACUUCCCCGAACUGGAGUCAGCGGAUGCGCAGGUGU